CUCAAAUCUUACCAAUUGUAUACUCUGUAUCGGUUUGUUAUAAGACUUGCUAUUCGAAAAUCUGAAUAUUUCUAUCUAUGUGAUGGAUGCAUGCUCUGUAUAGCUAACAUAAGUAAUGUAAUGUUAGUCGUUGGAGUACCAUGAAGAUGCUUGUUAUUGACUUAAUGUGUAGAGGCUUUGGCUAUGAAUUCUAUCUGCAAGGGUAUAGAGUUCAGAAUUUUAAAUUUGCAACUUGCAAAUUGUAAGUCAAUGUUUAUACCAUACAUCUCCGGAAAUGAGGGAAAAGACAACUGUAAAAUGUUAAAGAAAUGGAAUGAAUAGCAUAAAAGAACCUAGAUUAGAAUAAUGAUGCAUUUUCAACAGAAUUCUUCAUCUUCAAUCAUGUCAUGCGAGGAUUCCAAAGAGAUCUUCAUCCUCUCGGGGCAGAGCAACAUGUCAGGCCGCGGAGGAGUCAUUAAGUACUCCGAGACUGACCAGAAAUGGUAUGGUGUUGUUCCAUCCGAAUGUCAGCCUAACCCUUCAAUCCUCCGCUUCAGUGCUCAACUCCUUUGGGAGGAGGCGCAUGAGCCUCUACAUGUUGAUAUUGAUACGCAGAAGGUUUGUGGGGUUGGGCCUGGCAUGCCCUUUGCCCAUAAGCUUAUAGAGCGCGUGGGUGGCACUGUUGGACUCUUGCCCUGCGCUGUGGGUGCAUCUGCGAUCAGUGAAUGGGCACGCGGAACACCCUUGUACAAAGGUAUGCUGAAGAGGGCUAAAGCUGCAGUGAGGAGAGGUAAAGAUGAGAGUGAGAUUAAGGCAUUGGUGUGGUACCAAGGAGAGAGUGAUACAUUGACGGAGCAUGAUGCGGAUGCAUAUAAAGAGAGGAUGGAGGAGUUUAUUUGUAAUGUCAGGGAGGAUCUUCAGUUGCCAUUGCUUCCAAUUAUUCAGGUGGCACUUGCAUCCGGGGUGGACGAACAAUACACAGAAAAGGUAAGAGAAUCACAACUUGAGAUCAAUCUCCCCAAUGUGAUAUGUGUAGAUGCCAAGGGGUUGAAGCUGAAAGAUGAUAAUAUGCAUUUAACUACUGAAUCCCAAGUUCAUUUAGGACAAAUGUUGGCUGAUGCCAACCUUACCCAUUUUUUAUCCUUCUUUUCAACAAAGAAAGAAACAAGCCUGUAAAAUUAUGGUUUUACACAACUUGUUAGUCUCGUUUGUAUUCUUAUUUUACAUGAACCAAAUUCUACUUGUAUGUACUGAUUAUGUAUUAAUUCUUCUUUAUCUCUCUUUUGUUCUAUUUUACAAGUGUUUGUAUCGGGUGAAAUUAAUACAAGUAGAUACGGUGUAUAAAGAGAAAAGUUCAAAGUGUUUUGACUCUUCUCAACCAA